GGGAUAUAAAUGUCAUUUUAGUUUUACUUUUUUAUGUUUCGAAAUCUCCGAUUGGCUUCGGCGGAAGGCGAUAAUUUUUCUAAGAGGGAUCGAUCGUCGGAGGGAAGAAUGGAGGAGAGGAAGAUGACGCACCCGGUGGCGGAGGCGGACGAGCGGAGCCCCUUCGGGCGGCUGAGCGCGGAGGACUUCUACGCGCGGCACGCCGUGUCCCACGCCUCCUCCUCCUUCGUCAACCCCCGUGGCCUCCGCAUCUUCACCCAGUGGUGGGAGCCGCUCCCUCCCGCGCGGCCCAUCGCCACCGUCGCCGUGGUCCACGGCUUCACCGGCGAGUCCAGCUGGCUCGUGCAGCUCACCGCUGUCUACAUGGCCAAGCACGGGUUUGCCGUCGGCGCCCUCGACCACCAGGGCCACGGCUUCUCCGACGGCCUCGUCGCCCACAUCCCCGACAUCGAGCCUGUUGUCGAUGACUGUGUGACCUUCUUCGACUCCUUCCGCGCGCGAUACCCCCCCUCCCUGCCCUGCUUUCUCUACGCGGAGUCGCUCGGCGGCGCCAUCGCGCUGAUGAUCCACCUGCGGGAGAAGGACGGACGCGCGACCCGAGGGUGGGACGGGGUGGUGCUCAACGGGGCCAUGUGCGGCAUCAGCCCCAAGUUCAAGCCGCCGUGGCCGCUGGAGCACCUGCUGUGGCUCGCGGCCGCCAUCGCGCCAACCUGGAACAUCGCCUUCACGCGGGGCUCCAUCCCAGACGUGUCCUUCAAGGUGGAGUGGAAGCGGAAGCUGGCCCUGGCGAGCCCCCGGCGAACGGUAGCGCGGCCGCGGGCAGCCACCGCGCUGGAGCUGCUCCGAGUGUGCCGGGAGGUGCAGGGGAAGUUCGAGCAGGUGACGCUGCCGAUGCUGAUCGUGCACGGGGCGGAUGACGUCGUCUGCGACCCGGCCUGCGUGGAGGAGCUCCGCCGGCGCGCCGCCAGCGAGGACAAGACCAUACGGAUAUUCCCGGGCAUGUGGCACCAGAUUGUGGGGGAGCCCGACGAGAACGUGGAGCUCGUGUUCGGCGAAAUCAUCGAGUGGCUGAAGGCUCGAGCGGUGUCCCACACGGCCGCAGAAGAAGGCAAAGCUUGAAGCUCCUGUUGAUCCAUAAGACUGCCAACAUCCCGACGUAUUCGGUGGCCUCUCUUCACUGUGUGUGAUGUAGUCAUAACGCUAGCCUUGGAAGUCAGACGUGUGUUUGUGCUAUUGUCUGCAAUGCAUUUCCGUUCAUGUCCAAACUUUGCUUCUUCUCGUAUUCGCAAGACAGCUUCUGCAAAUAAUUUGCCUUCUGGAUCUA